CUUAGCGAGAUCUGGUAACGUUUACCCAGUAUUCCCCGCGACCGCGCAAAAUGGCGGCGAGCGCAAGCACAGACACAGCUGUCUUCGACUGCCCGUCAUGGGCAGGAAAACCUCCACCUGGACUCCAUCUGGACGUGGUUAAAGGAGACAAAUUAAUAGAGAAGCUGAUCAUCGAUGAGAAGAAGUUCUAUCUGUUCGGGAGGAACCCGGAUCACUGCGACUUCACGAUAGACCACCAGUCGUGCUCACGGGUGCAUGCAGCGCUCGUCUACCACAGACACCUCAAGAGAGUGUUCCUCAUCGACCUCAACAGCAGUGAGUGCUCAACGAGUCGCAUCCGACGCGUUCUGAGCCCUUCCCGUCUCAUCCCGAUUCGUCCUUGUUUAGCCCACGGCACAUUUCUGGGCAGAAUCCGGCUCGAGCCCCAGAAACCUCAGCAGGUGCCCAUCGACUCGACCAUGUCGUUCGGAGCGUCCACGCGCGUCUGCGCGCUCAGAGAGAAGCCACAGACACAGGGCAGCUCCGGCGCAGGAGACAGCAAAGGAGUGGAGGACGAGGAGCUGAAGGGACUGCUGGGACUGCCGGAGGAAGAGACUGAGCUUGAGAACCUGACAGAGUUUAACACGGCUCAUAACAAACGCAUCUCCACGCUCACCAUCGAAGAGGGGAACCUGGAAAUCCAGAGACCCAAGAGGAAGAGGAGGAGCUCGCGGGUUUCCUUCAGCGAGGAAGAGGAGAUCAUAAACCCAGAGGACGUGGACCCGUCUGUGGGACGCUUCAGGAACAUGGUCCAGACGGCUGUGGUUCCUAUUAAGAAGAAGAAGCUGGAAGGCCACAGCACGCUGGGUUUGGAGGAAAGCGUAGCGCGCCGGUUCCAGAGCUUCCCGCUGAGCGCCGGGCUUUACGGAGACCUUCCACCGGCCAGCCACGAGGCCGCAGGACAGGGCAGCACAGGCCAGGGCUCGUCGGCCAUCACCGGAGGCAUGCCUCUGCCCUUCCCCAACCCCGCCCCGGAGGUGGACCUCACGCCCACCGCGCCGCAGCCGCACGCUGUCCUGAACCCCGCCCCUGCCCCGGCCCCCGGACCCUACUCGGCCGAGCCCUUCAACGAGCCGCGCAAGAAGAAGUACGCCAAGGAGGCGUGGCCUGGGAAAAAGCCCACCCCCUCGCUGCUGAUUUAACAGGGAUGCUCAAACUGUGACAGAUCUGAGGAUUGCGUUCUUUUGAAGUUAUCUUUGCAACAGAUACAUGCUGUCAAACGAUUAAUCUUAACAGUUUUUGUUUGCAUAAUAUAUGCGUCUGUACUACUGUGUAUAUUUAUGCAGUAUAUAUAUAUAUAUAUAUAUAUAUAUAUAUAUAUAUAUAUAUAUAUAUAUAUAUAUAUAUAUAUAUACACACACAGUGCACAGAUACAUCAUGUAAACAAAAAUGCAAUUCUCGUUCGACAGCAUUACUUCAUAUUCAUAACACUGCCUGUUUCAGCUCGAGGCUUUGCCACAUGGGUUACUUAUUUCAAAAAAGCUGCUGAAGUCGACAUAUAAACCGUGGUUGUAUCUGUUCGGGCGAGCGAACAUCACAAAGACCUAUUUGGUUUUUACAAUAUCGCACGGGAAAUGUUGUUUUUUUGCAUUACAAAAUCAUUACACGUGCUCGUAAUGGAAAUCACCCAUAAUGCAAAAAAAAAGUCUUGGUAACACUUUGCAAACAGAUCGUAGUAGCUAACGCACGAGCUAAUGAGCUAUAUAUCUGUUGCAACGUUUGCUAUGUUCAUCGUCAGUUCAUCAGCUCCAUCAUAAAUAAUAUUAAAAGAAAAAACACUAACGUUUUAGCAAAUUCACUUAACUGAGAUGCUUGUUAUUUCAAAUCGACUGACGCACAACUAAUUUGCACGUACCAGAUGAAGCGUUACACGAUGAAAUCUUAUUGUAAAGUGUUACCGAAAUCUUUGAUUUUCUUCAUUUAUAAUAACCUGGAUACGGUUUUUGCUGAGUUUUCCCCACCUCGUGUUACAGGUUGAUCGUUUCAGGCUUUUCAGAGAUGAACCUCAGCCAGCUCCAGACGGAAAGCUUGGCCUCCGUUCAGUAGAUGUGAGUAGGUGGUUUGGAGAAAUGUCUUAUGCAGCAACCACUGCGUUUUAAUAGAAAAAUGUAUUGAAUACAUAGAUUUUGCUUUUUUUGAAAGCCUGAGAGCUUGUUUGCUAGCCAAGCAAUUUUCAACUAAGUUAGUUUUUAAAAAGACGUUUUUCCUGUUGUGUAUUUAAGUAUGAAUCGAACGUAUUAACGUUUUUAGCUGCUGACGGUUUUCUUGAGAGUGUGUUACAUUCAGGAUGUUUUGAACUGUUUGGGAAUAUCGUGUCGGUUUACAGAGGGAAAUGAGGACAAAGAUUUGUGUCAUUGAAUGCAGGAAGCUGUCUUGUAAUGUGAACUGUUUCGUUAACGUUUAUAUAUAUAUUUUUUUAUAUCACGAGAGGAUGGACUCGUCAGUGAAAAGCACAGGUGAAAAGACUAAACUUGAAAGGAAUUAUUAUUGGAUUAUUUGUCUAAUAAACAGCAUUCCUCGCCCUUAAUAUGAUACAUGGCAUGUUGUUUAAGAAAAUGUUAAGAAACGUACCAUUGGUUGCAAUAUGAAUUUGUGGAGGGUUGAAAAGUUAAAGAUAUCUGUGAUGUUCUGGUUGAUAGAUAAAAAAAAUAGAUAAAAAAAGAAGUAAAUAAAACUGCUGGCCAAGCAGUGUUAGGAUUUAUUUAUUAACUAGAUGCAUUUAUUUAAUUAAUUAUUAUUAAUUAUUUCUAUGACCUUUUUGACAUUUGACCAGACAAUAAAUAAAUCCUUUAUUUAUGACAUUUGACCGGAAAAUUAAAUAAAUCUUUCUUUUAUUUA